GGAAGGAGGUACACGCGGGUCGUGGAGUCUUGAAUGUUUAUUUUGUGCUUAUUUAUGUACAUCCAUGUGUUUAUUUCUAUCAUGUUGUAUCAUCCAUAUUGUUUCAAUGUUAGAUGGCAACAUUUACGUUCGAUCACACCUUUUAACUGGAAAAUAUGACGCAUUCAAUCAUCUUGCGAAAACUCUCCGCCAUUCCUCAUGACGUAACCCAUCUAGCGUCGUGUGAAGGUUUUUGUGAAAAUUGUACUGAGGACGGUGGUGUAUAUUUGUUCCCAAUAAUGAAGACUCCAAUAUAUGUAUUAUUUCUUAUAAUUAAGUGAUGAACAAGUGUACUAGUGUUAUUUUAAUUAUAUUAGUAGAAUGUUAAAAGACGUGUAAGGAGUAAUUUACAAUUAUUACAAUGUCCUAAAGAAAGAAAACCAUGGAUUCAGUCCGAGCAUUCAACGCAGAGCUGUCAGCUCUGUAUGAGGUGAAACCACCUAUAUCAAAAGCCAAAAUGACUAGCAUAACUAAAGGAGCUAUCAAAGCCAUAAAAUUCUACAAACAUGUUGUUCAAAGUGUUGAAAAAUUCAUUCAGAAGUGCCGGCCUGAGUAUAAGGUUCCUGGACUAUAUGUUAUUGAUUCAAUUGUUCGGCAGUCGAGGCAUCAGUUUGGAGCUGACAAAGAUGUUUUUGCUCCCAGAUUUGCAAAAAAUCUGCAAAAUACUUUUGUACAUCUUUUCAAGUGCCCACCAGAAGAAAAGAGCAAGAUUGUCAGGGUGCUGAAUUUGUGGCAGAAGAACUCAGUUUUCCAAUCUGAGGUUAUUCAACCUCUUUUUGAUCUUGCGGAUCCAAAUCAUCCGAUACACAAGGAGCAGGCGCAAGUAAACACCCCAAAUAAUGGCUCAAUAACCACUAUGAAUAAUGUUGGGAAAACACCACCUCAGUUAAACAGAACACCAAACAAGACUCCUUCAUCUAAUAAUAAAUCAACCGAUAGCAGCACACCUUUGUGGACAUCUCAAAGUGAUUCAAGCAACAGUUCUUCACUUCAAGUUUCAAACCAAGCUGUUGACACUGCAAGUUUGAAUAGCAAUCAGGUGUGUGCAGAAGUGGUCUCUGGCAAUGGAGCAUGUGACCCGGCUCUUAUACGACAGCUACAACACUUACAGUUGUUACUGCUACAACAACAACAACAACAACAACAACAACAGCAGCAGCAGCAGCAGCAGCAGCAGCAAGAGUCUGGUUCUCGAUCUCAAACUGAUCAGCAGCUGGUACAACAGCAGACACAGCAGCUGCCCAUACAUCAAAUACAACAGUCACAGCAACAGCAGCAGCAGUUGCUGCAGCAACAGCCACAGCCACAGCCACAGCUACAGCUACAGCAACAGCAACAGCCACAGCUACAGCCACAGCAGCAGCAGCAACAGCAACAGCAGCAGCAACAACAGCAGCCGCAGCAGCAGCAACCACAAAUACAGUCUCCAUUGUCUCAACAAGUACAGCAACAGAAUCAGCAGCACCAAACAACAGUGCAGUCAGUUGAAAUGCAGGCUGUGCAAGUGCCGCAGCAGACGCAGGCUCAGUCUCAAACUCAAACUCAGACUCACACAAUAUUAUCUGCCGUUACUUCACAGCCAUCAGCUACUGGACUUGACAGCAUUUUAUCGAACCCAGAACUCAUACGGCAGCUUCAGAACAUACAGCAGCAGAUAUCACUCCAACCAGUCAAUCAAGAAUCUGAGGAUAACCUAAGGAAGUUACAAGAAAUGAAACAGCAAGAAGAGGAAUUUGACAAGCAUUUGAAUCAAACAGUGCAGAGCCACCCCUUCACUUCAGACUGUGAUCCUAGAACGGCAGGUGACAUUAAAGCCACUACUCCGACUCCUUUUGAAAAAGUUGAAAUAGAACAGCACAAACCUGCAUACACAUAUCCAGUUCUCAACAUGUCUCAUCCUCCACCAGGAUUCAUAUCAGAAACCAGUAAUUCUGCAACAACUGAUAAUCACAAAAGUCCACUGGAAGAUGGUGAACAUGCUGAUUCUGAAGUGGAGUUUGUUGACAGAACUGUGCAACAGGAGAAUGGGAACUCAGUGGAAAUAAUAAACCUCGAUCGCAGCAGAUCUGGCAGUCCAUCAGUCAACUCAAAGAACUACAGGCGUAGGCACAGCCGUUCUCGGUCACGAGAUCGUCGCCAUGGUAGAAGAUCCAGGUCGAAAUCAUCCGACAACAGAGCACGAUCACAGUCGAGGCAAAGGAGGAGAAGGUCAAGGUCACGAGACAAAGAACGUGAUCGAGAGAAGGACAAAGAACGAGAGAGGGAACGGGAGAAGGAGAGGGAGAGAAGAAAAAAAGGUCUGCCACCAUGUAAGAAAGAACAUUUGAGUGUUUGUAGCACAACUCUUUGGGUUGGACAUUUGUCAAAGUUGGUUCAUCAGGAAGAAUUAUCAGACACCUUUGGAGAAUAUGGUGAUAUAGUAUCAAUAGAUUUGAUACCACCUCGAGGUUGUGCCUUCAUAUGCAUGAAUCGACGACAGGAUGCUUUUAGAGCACUACAAAAACUAAAAAAUCACAAACUACAAGGAAAGGCUAUUACACUUGCGUGGGCCCCAGGUAAAGGAGUGAAGGGGAAAGAGUGGAAGGAUUACUGGGAAGUUGAUUUAGGAGUAUCUUACAUUCCUUGGGAUAAGCUCACUCAAGCAGCAGAUUUAGAUGCUUUAGAAGAAGGUGGCAUGAUUGAUGAAGAAACUGUGCCUGAUUUUCUGAAAGCACAGACUCAGCAACAACAGCAGCCGCCGCCACCGCCGCCGCCACCGCCACCUCCCCCGCCACCUGGACCACAGCAGCAGCAAGAACAGCAGACCACCGCAUCAGACCCAGCAGUAUCUUCAGCUCUGUCUCCAGCUCCAACCCCAGCUCCAGCCCCAGCCCCAGCCCCAGCUCCAGCUCCAGCAGCUUAUAUUCCGCUACCAGAUGGAAUUCCUGUACCGAGCACAGCUGCCCAAAAUGUUGACACCUCCCAGCCACCUCCACUGCGAACUGCUGAUAUAACUGGUGUAACAGCUCCAGCUGGAGUUCCUGGGCUGCCUGCACAAAUUCCUACUGCUGUUCCUCCACCCUCUGGACCUCCAGUGCCCAUUGUAACACCGUUUGGGAUUCCUAAUGUGCCUCCACCCAUUAGCAUGACAAUGGGACAUGGUAUUAUGCCUAGUGUGCCAAUUGGAGUACCACCACCAGGUAUGCAGAGUUUGCUGAUGCCUGGGAAUCAGAUGGUCCACCACCAGCAGAUGAUGGGUGGGGUACCUCAACCAGUGAACUCCCCAUUUACUUCAACUGCUGGUGGCCCAGUGGGAAUGAUGACAGGCCCAGUGCAUGGACAGCUUUCACAGAUCCCAUUGCCUGCACCUGCUGCUCCACAGGAUAAAACAGCAACUGGUCUUCCACAUGCUACUCCUCCUGCUCCUGUUGGAGUUCCACCUCCCACAUCGGAGGCAAACCUUCCAGGCAUUAGUGAAGCUUUGCUCAGAGUUCCUUUUGGGGUACCUGCACAGAUGCAACAACUAGCAGGUGUUCAGGUGCCUAGAAUUAGCCGUGAUGACACUUCGAACAUGGAUAUGGAUAUGGAAGAUAUUGAUGGUAAAGCAAACAGUUCUGCAGACGCAUCAUCCAGGGUUGCUGGUCAAAUUCUUGCAGGUGUUGGCCAUGGAAUGUCACCAUUUUCGGCACCUCCGCCAAAUCACAUGGGCCCAUUGUCACACCAUCAGAACUCUGGUCAACAUCUUGGUGAUCAUAAUAGUCGUCAGAAUAAUUCAGUGCUUGUAAAUGACUUGGAUUCCCUGAAAGAGGGCAGUGGGGAUUAUCCAGGACAGGUUCGCGGCAGAGAAAGGAACCGUGACAGAGACAGAGAUAGGGAAAGAGAUAUAAGGGACCGUGAACGUGAUCGAGAUCGUGAUAGAGACAGAGGUCGUGACAGAAAUCGUGAUCGUGAUAGGGAUCGUGAUCGUGAACGUGACAGGGAUCGAGAUCGUGGCAGUAGAUGGAGUGACAGAGAUAGGGAUAGAAGAGAUCGUGACCGUGAUCGUGAUAGGGAUCGAGACAGGCCAGAUAGGAAAGAUCCGUCAGCUCCUGAUACACCUACUACACCGUGGUCAGAAAGAGGAGAGAAACCAAGUCUUCUGGAACGCCUAAGGAGCCUAGCGAAUGAUGGAAUUGCAACUUGUAACAAAGAGGAAGCCAGGCAUGGUUUCAACAUAAGAGAGGGUAAAGCAACACAAGAAAGAACAUCUGCUGAAAGAGAACGGCCUAAGGAUCGUGAGAGGGACCGUAAUCGUGGUCGGGACCGCGAUAGAGAAAAGGAGCGUGAACCAGAUCGUGAACGCAGUCGAGACAGGGAACGUGAUCGGGAUCGAGACCGUGAACGUGAUCUUGACCGGGAUCGAGAAAGGGAUGCUACUGGACCACCAGUGUUUCCUGGUCCUAGAAGUGACUUCAGGCCUGCAGGUCCUGAUGGGUUUAUUCCUCCAGGACAAAUGGGUUUUAGGCCACCAGGACCAGGACAGUUUUUAGCAAGAGGGGUUACUGAACCGUUGCCACCAGGACACGAGAGAGAGAAUUUUGAUCCUAGGGGACCACCACCUCACGAGAUGUUUGAAGGUCGACAGAGACCUGAUGACUUUGCACAGAACAGGGAAGACUUUGAUCAUAGAAGAGGUCAUGAAGAUUUUCCUCCAAGGGGGCCACACCAUGCAGAAGAUUUCAAUAUGUCUUUGAGAACAGACGAUUUUGAACGCCGAGGGCCUUCCCGUGGACCGCCUGUUGAAGAGUUUGAACCGAGAGGCCCGUAUCCUGAUGACUUUGGCCGUGUGCGAGGUCCUAGACCUGACAUGUUUCCACCUCGAGGCCCAGAAAUGUUCGGACCGAGAGGAAUGAUGGGCCCCAGAGGUCCGAUGCGGCCCGAAGGCUUUGGACCUCGUCCGAUGCUAAUGCGUGGACCUGGACCCAUGUUCCACCCAAGAGGACCACCUCAUCCAAUGGCAAUGAGAGGAAUGGGACCAGGACCAGGACCGGGGCCAGGACCAGGGCCUGGUCCAAGACCUGGUAUGUGGAUGGAUAAUCAGGGACCUCCUAUGUAUCCACCAAGAGGAUUUGAAGGACCUCCUGGCGAGGGCCCACCACCAGAUGGAUUCUUUCAGAGACCACCAUUUGAUGACAUGGAGCGGCGGCAGUGGGAAGAUGGGAGGCAUGCACGGGGCCGUGGACAGGGUCCAAGAAGAGGUCCUGGAACACCUGGACCUGGAUUUGCUCCUCAUGCAGGAAACCGUAGACGUGAGGAGGAGUCACCACUACUUCAGAGUCCAGCAAAGCGUGCAAAAGCUGAGGAUUUGCCAUCCGCAGAAAAAUGUAAGGAGGAGAAGGUAUUUAGAAAAUCAGAAAGGGAUCGUAAUAGGCGGUCCCGGUGGAGUAGUGCUUCUCCUAAAGAAGAUAAGUUUGAGGAAGUUAGUGUGGAAAAUAAUAGUGACACUACGUUUAAAAGGUCAGGGGCAGUAGAUGAAGCAUCACUGUGUUCUAUAAAAUCUGAAGAGCACUGUGAACAGAAAGAAAGUGUUAAUUCUGAGAAAUGUGUGACUUCAGAGCCUGCAACAGAUCUAGACUGUGGGGAAAACACUCCUUGUCCAAGUAACAAUCAGUCGGACCACCAAAAGCAAGUCACGGAUAAUGAAUCACAUGUAAGUUCCCGAGGUGAACCAGAAAAAGAUCAAGAGUCAUCUUCUGCAGUGAGUUUUGAUAAUACCACAGAAGUGAGUUUUUCUGGUGCCAGAGAAAAGAAUUUUGGUGACACCUCCAAAGUGUUUCUCAGCACAGAACUGUCUCAUACAGAUACCACCGAAGUCAAUUUCCCAGACGGAAUUGAAAUGAUUCACACCAAUGAAGUGAUUCAUACUGACACCAGUCAAAUGAAUUCUCUUGUCGCCUCUGAACUAGUUCAUUCUGACACCACUAAAGUGACUCACACUACUGAAGUGGUUUGUACUAACACCACUGAGGUGCUUCAUACUGACACAACUGAGGUAGUUCAUACCGACACCGUUAAGUUGGUUCAUACUGAGACCACUGAGGCAUAUCAUAGAGACACCACUGAUACAUUUCGUACAGAUGCCACUGGGGAAUUUCAUGAAGACACAAAUGAGGCAUUUUGUGAAGACACAAAUGAGGCAUUUUGUGAAGACACAAAUGAGACAUUUCGUGAAGACACCAAUGGGGCGUUUCAUGAAGACACCAAUGGGGCGUUUCAUGAAGACACCAAUGGGGCGUUUCAUGAAGACACCAAUGGGGCAUUUCACGAAGACACCAGUGGGGCGUUUCACGAAGACACCAGUGAGGCAUUUCAUGAGGACACCAAUGGGACGUUUCAUGAGGACACCAAUGGGGCGUUUCAUGAAGACACCAAUGGGGCGUUUCAUGAAGACACCAAUGGGGCAUUUCAUGAAGACACCAAUGGGGCGUUUCCUGAAGACACCAAUGGGGCGUUUCAUGAAGACAUCAGUGGGGCAUUUUGUGAAGAAACAAAUGGGCCCUUUCAUGAAGAUCCAAAUGAGGCUUUUCCUGCAGACUCUACUGGUGCAUUUCAUCCAGACUCUACUGAAGGGUUUCAUGCUGAUUCUACUGAUGCAUUUCAUGCAGACUCCACUGAGGCAUUUCAGACAGAUGCCACUGAUGUAUUUCAGACAGACACCACUGAGCCGUAUCAGUCAGAUGCCACUGAUGUGUUUAAUACAGACACUACUGAUGUGUUUAAUACAGACACUGCUGAUGUGUUUAGUACAGACACCAAUGAAGUGUUUCAGUCAGAAUCUGCUGAUGUGUUUCGUACUGAGUCCACAGAGGUAUCUCAAACUCCAAGCACUCAACUAUCUGACAAUGACACCACUCAAGUGUCUGAUGCUGAUGUCACUCAAGCGUCUCAUAGUGAUGAAACUUCAGCAUAAUAAGCUACAUAUUUACAAAUAUUUUGAUACAUUUCUCUUACCCCUCAAAAUUUUUUGAAACACUCUUAUUUUCAGAUAUUCCUCUUCCUCAACUACUAAAUGUGAAUGAUGUUUUAGUCUCAAAACUAAUUCACAGAAACAUGGGGAAUGAAAACUGAUAAAAGUGUUUAACUGAAGUAAUAAUGCACAGGUAGUCUCCGACUUACUGAUGCCCAAUCAUUCAGUAUUUUUAAGAAUCAGAUUACUGUAAAUUGGGUUAUAGGUCACUCCUUAUUGCUUACUUUUGAUAGUUAUUGUCUUAUGUUAACAAUCUCUCUUUUUGGUCACCAAUCACAAGGUUGAUUCUUGUCACUUAUCAGCUAUUCGCUUGAUUUCUGUAUAACUGUUGCACCUCAUGUCAUUAAUGGUUUGCCUUUUGCACUCAUAUCUAAACCUGCCUGUGAGAUUCUUUCCCCCUUCUGUUCCUUCAACUAUGGUUUUUAGAAACAACAAAUUUUGUAAUGUGUGCCAACCAUCCUAUUUCUCUGUUUCAUUAUGCUCUUUAGUAUAAUUUUUUCCUGUUGACUCAUUGCAAUAUGUUCCAUUUUAUAAAAAUCAUUCUUUAUCUUUGAAGAAAGGAAAUGUAAUGCAUUUGCUUAGUCUCUGUUUCUGUUGCCUCCAAAAUAGAAAUCUCAAUCUUGUCAUCCUAUGAAUGAAGAUGUUUUGCUGUAUCAGUCACAGAUUUUGUUUACAUUUUUGAAAGGUAUUACGCAUUUCAAAAACGGUCCACAUUGUCAGGUGUCCUUACAGGUAGUUGCAUUUACGUGAUAUUUCUCUGUAUUUAAAUUCAGUUAAUUUCAUCAAAAAGUUGGUGCUGCUCACCGGGAGCAUUAUCUGUGAAUGCGUCAAUGGUAAUUUUGUAAUUUCAGUAUCUUCUUUUAAACAACCCCCUCUAACAAAAGAAUACAAUGCUUGCAUGUAAACUUUUGUGGCUCAAAGGCAAAGCAUGUUAAUAAUCCCAUGUUUACAUUCUCGUGUCACUUUUUCGGAAAUGUUUCAAGUGAAAUAAGUCAAUUCCAUGUUCAAAAAAUAAGUAGGACACGUGCAGACCCAAUUUAUUUAUAUAUUUUUUUUUUACUAGAAAACAAUUAUGAAUGCUCUAAUUGUCAAUUAAUUUUUUCCUAAGGACUGCAGUGUGACUUUCUUUGUAAAAGGGAAUCAAAUACAACGUGAUAUAAGUAAAAGAAGGUAAACACACAGUGUCAUUCAAAAAUUUAUUAUAUUGCUCCUAAUAUACAACAGUGAACAGUUGUGUUCUUGUUCAGCUAUAAUUUCAUUUUCCCCAGUCAUCAUGACUCAUUGUGCCCUUUCCCCUUUCAGCUCUUUUUUUCCUUGAAGAUUUCAACUUAGAGCAUAAAUUGACUUUUUUCUGACAUGAUGACGUAAAGCUUGCACUUUUUCUUCAGAUCUACAAAUUAUACCUAGGAACCCAUAAUUUCAUAUGUAUUUCAGUUACAGUAUUUCAAGAGAUAUUUUGAUUAGAUGUAUGUUGUCACAUUUUAUCAUAGCUUAGGCCUGUAUUAGGUUGAAGACUUCCUGUGCAGUUAAAUGUGUGAGCACCCCAUGGUGUUUGUGUGACACACAUUUGUUAUAUCUGUGUUUCUCUUGUGUAAUGUAAAGGAGUACUUGCUGAGGAGAUUGGAACAAAUAUUUUAAAAUAUCGUGUACUAAUAAUUUUUGUAUGUUUUGCUAAUUUGUUGCUCCUUUAAUAGUGUUUCUGUGUUGAAAUGUGCACGUCCAUCUUGUUUUGAUUGAUGAAUGUAAUGGUGAAAUAAUAUUAAUUUACCAUAUUUGCAGUUAAAAUUAAUUACGUUGUUAAGUCUUAUGAUAUAAUUAUAAGUACAAGGUGCACGAAAAUUGCCAUCCUUAAAAGACUGUUUUUGGGCAUGCAAGUGAACACAGGACAAUUUUUGAAUAAAGACAAAGAAAUUUUUAUCUGUGAUAUAUACAAGCAACUCUUGUGGAGUUAGUUAUUUUUUAGAAUAACCACAUUGGUUUAUGAUCAAGUUUUUAUUCAUAGUGUUUUAUGAAAAUGUUGUUUUAUUAAAAGUUUUCAUUUCCAAACUGUUCUGAGUAGUUACAAAAUGGCUGGUUUUCAACAUGCUUUCUUUCCACAUAGCAUCUGAGAAUCUGAACUAUUUUUAUUAUUGACACAAUGUGUUCCCUCAAUAGAGAGACAAAAUGUUGGGAGUGAUAUGUUAUAUAAAUAAUAAACCUCAUUCAUUUCCCUCCCUUUGUUCAUCCAGAAGCUUUUUCCUUAUUUAAAAGUUUUUAAAGUCAUCAGUAGUUGGGACCCUUUCUUUUAAUUGUUCAGUUGACAUUAUAAAUUUCACUGUCGUGUAGGUCAGGCUUCCCAAUUCAUGUCAGUGUUCGGGAAUGUAUAAUGAAAACAAUGAGUACAAUAUUUACAAAUCUAUUUGUACAUACCCAUUUUUCUAAUUCAUUACAAGUUAUGAUGUUAUGUAUCAAUUUUGCAAUAAAGCCAACAGCAUUUUCUGCAAAAGUCAGGCUGUGUAAAUAAUUCUGUGUGUGCUAGGAGUGUUAUUUUAAAAAGUGAGAGUGGUCCAUAAAGUGUAAUGAAUGAAGUAGAAUAACCAUAUAGAAAAUAUCUCUUUAUGUUUGUAAUAAUUUCUCAUCUCUGCUUUCUACUGAACACCAAACAAGACAUGCAGUGUUGUGCAAGCACUUAGGAAUGCUCUUGCUUUUCUUCUUAUUCCAUUAUUGGGAACCUCAAUGACAUUACAAACCUUGAAUUUCUCUUUCACUAUGCUUAAAUUCACUUACAAGUGACUGAAAGACUUUGCAAAUUUCACAGUUGUAUAUGGCUGUGGUGAUGUAUCUACUGUAGCAUAAAAAUUACAUUUUCAUGCGGUGAUGCCCAAAAUAGUUUCCAUUCAGUUGUAAAUCAUAUCUACAUAUGUAUGAAAUUUUGCUUUACUUUUCAUGGCUGGUAAAGUGGUGAAGUCUUGGUAUAACAUUGGAAUCGUAUUAAUCAUUGCCUUAGUUAAUACAUACAUAAAAACAGCAACUGAAAAACAGAAAUAGAGUGCCAAUAAGUAGUAUGAUACCCAUUUAUCUUCAGAAAAAGCCGGAAACAGAUUUAGCUGUAAAAUGUUACAUGUAGUUCAGUGCUUUCUCAUCUGUCAUCAGCUAUACUCUAGUGUUACUGUAACACAUGAAAAGCCUGUGUAUCAUCUGCAGAAGUCUUCUGUUUUUAAAUCUCUCCAUGAAGACAAAAUCAUUUCUGAACUACAACUAAUGGUGUGCACUAGAUCAUUAAUACACUUGUCCGCUAUUUUACUGCCCCUAUCCUCAGCUCUUGGAAAUGAUGAUGAUGAUGAUGAUGAUACAUAUAGAAAGUUUUUUUGUGCUCAAUCCUCAUUUCAUUUUACCUGGUUGUUUCUUUUCGAAAUAUUGGUUGCAACAGUAGAAAAUGUUCUCCACAAUCCUAAUUCAGCUUAACAUUAGUAAUAUGCACACUAUAUUUCUUUUAAUUUUUUAGGUGACAGUAUCAUGUGCUCUAGUAUUCUAGUCUCUUGGGUGGAGUGAGAGUUCUGAAAUUUUACAUUAAAUAGCUUUUACUAGGUGUAAUUCUAGGACAGAUUCUGAUAAAAAAUAACUUCAUGAUCUUCACAGUAUCAUAUUUACACAACUUCAUGAUCUUCACAGUAUCAUAUUUACACAACUUCAGAUAAAAAUCCAAUGUUUUUGUGCCUUUCUAUUUGUUCUGAGCCUAAAAAACUGUUUUAUUUUUACAUUUCACUAUUAUGAUGUUUUGACCACCAUUUGCAACCCAGAAUUUCUUUGUUUUAGGUGAAUGGUGAUGGUGGGAGAAAGGGGGUGGAUAUACACUUCAUUUCUGAAUGUACACCCAUUGCUGGGUACUUUUUUUUGUGUUCCAGUUUUAUACAUCUCAUCUUUUUAUUUUCCACUAGUAGGAAAUGCACAAGUGAUCUGUUUCAAGAACUAUAGCUUGACCAUUGACACUCUUAUGUUACUGCCAAUCUUGACAACACUUUUUGGUGAUGGCACUUUUCUUAGGAUAGUUAAAUAUUUAGGGCAUUACAAAAUAUUUAUUUUGAUACUGAAUAUAAAAGGUUCAAAAAAAUAAAACAGUUGUUUGAGUGCACUAGAGAUAGACUUGUACCAAAAACAUUGUUUUACUGAAGUUGCAGGUGAAUGAUAAGCAUCUGUGCGAUUGGGUUUUCAAUUUAUAUAAAGAAAUAGACAAAUUAGUUAUUGGUUAAGUGAAAGAAGUAGCUCUCAAUUAUUGUUUAUCAGCCCAUAACAUUUGCUACACUCAGUUGAUCAGAAUAAGAAUGGACACAAUCAGAUAAUCAGAGGAAGAAAUACGUAUGUAUGAACAUUAUCUGCAGCAAGUGGGCAAUAGUGCAUUUCUUAUUUAUCAAUAUUAUGUGUGCUGUACAUUGUGCUUAUUGGGAUUUUGUGCAAUAGCACAAAAUUAUCUGAUGAAGUGACAUGUUUUUAUGGGUAGAAACACUCUCUCUCUCUCUCCCCCCCCUCUCUCUCUCCCCCCCUCCACCUCCCUCCCUCCCCUCCUCUCCUUUCUCUCCGUCCCUCCCACCCUCUCCCUCUGCCCCCCUCUCCCUUUCUGUCUCCCCACCCAUCAACCCCCCCCCCCUUAUCCCCCUCAUCUCUGCUGAGAGGGUCAGUGUUUUUGGCUGUCUGUCAGCAUGUAACAACCCCAUCUUUCUGAAGUAUAAUUUAUUUUUGCAGCACAUUUUCCAUGUUUUCCACUUCAUUUCGGUACCCUGCAGGUUUGGUCUUAGUUCAUUCAUGUAAAUAUUUGUCUGUUGUGGGUUUCUGUAUCAUGUCGACCUAAUCCCAAGGUAUUUGCUGGAUUCAGUUUCAGAGAGACUCCAUUACAGUUCAGGCGCACAGGUUUUCUAUAGUUGGUGUUUUUUUUCCCCCAGUUAUAACUUUGUAAGCUAAAUGUGUAUGAUAGAAGGGAAAGUUUGCAAUGUAUUAAACAUAUUGGUGUAAUUGAUUUGUUAUUGAUAUUAGUACUGAUAAAUCCACAAGACAAAAUUCAGUACUCAUUAAAUUUGAGGGACUUUUCUUUUUGUCAGUAAACAGUGCACAUUUUGCUGAAAUUGCUGCUGGCUUUAUAGAAAUGUCUAUCUGUGUACACAAUUAGUUUAAGUGACAUGAUUAUAAAGGAAAUAUGACCAGUGCCAGUCGUACACUUGUGGAGUAUUGUGUGAGAUUAAGUAACUAUCACCAUUAAUAAUAGUGUGCAUGGGAGUGAGAUGAAUGAGGUUUCAACAGGCAAAUGCUGAAGUGACUAAAAUAUGCUGUUGAACUGUAAGAAGGUUUAUGAGGUGAGAGACUGAAGAUUUCUAGAUACUGUGUUUUGCCUUUGUGAGAUGAAGUUGACUCAUAUUACUAAUGUUAACUACAUGGAACCUAACAUGGAUAAUAUAUUAUGAGCAAAAUUGUGAAAAUAUACUUCAGGUGCAUCUUUAUGAUCAGGACACCUGUUCUACAUCUAUGUUCAUAAAAUACAUCAGUUUUUCUGAUGAAUUAUGCGAUUCUUAGAUGCUGAUCUAUAUCUUUUUGAUUACUGUAAAGAAAAUAAAACUAAUGACCUGCUUCUCAAUCAGAAAAUAAAUAUUUCUUUCAUUUAAAAGUAGCUUCAUUAAAUUAAUUAAUUUUAAUUUGUUUAUGUUCUAACCUCCAACUAUUUCUUAUAGUACUCAAUCAGGUCAUACAUAGGCACGUUAACAUACUAUGCUGUGCUUCAGAAAAUUAAGCAAAACAAACCAUUCAUAGUACUUUUCAAAAGUCAUGAAAUUAAGAAUAUUUGAAUAAGGAUAUUGGAGGACCACAAACUGAAUGCCAGAAAUGUUACAGGCAUGUUUGUUGCCAUUACUUCACACCUAAAGAAUGGUAACCAUCUGAUACCACCUUCAUUUUAUGUAUUCAGAAUAAAUCAGUCAUGCAUGUAUACUUGUUAGGAAAAAAUGUUUUACUUCAUUUGCUGGCCUGUUGAACCUCAACUCCCCCAUACAGGUAAUAUAAAAGAUAUUCCAUAACACACCAUUGACAGCAGGAGAAUGUGAACUUUCUACUCAUAUUCUAACGCAGACAUAAAUAAAAUGAUUUGCCAAAAGGACACAAAAGGACCUUAAUCGCAAUGAAUAACUUGACCUAGAAUGUAUUUUUUGCUCAGCUGCGUCUGACAGUCUUUGUGAAGAAGAGCAUUAAUUCUCCAUCCUGAAUUAUUAGUUCUGUCAUUCAUUAACUGCUGAAUGAGUUUUCAUUAUUAAAAAUUUUUCAGUGACUGCAUACUUUUUGCACUCAUUGGAUCAUCUGAAGCAAUUCAUUUUUAUAUUCCAACAUAGUUAAUCAAGAAACAGCAUUUUGGAAAACUGUGUGCUCAAUAUUAUGUUGAGGCAGUAUAAAUCGAAUAAACAAAACAAUAUCACAGUUUAUAAUUGAGAAUCUACUGCAUUUUUUCAAUGUGUUUGAAGUUUAUAGUUGCUGUGUCACUGUGUGUAUCAUCUCAUUGAUUCUUUUUGGCAGAGAAUGCGAAUGUGUACACUCCUCUGAAUAGCUUAAAUCUGAAAGUAAAAAGUCUCUCCAGUGAAUAGGUAAUUAGUGGCUCUCUCGUUUAAAUUCUACUCAUUUCUGAAAUACUUAAUCCUCAGAAAAGAAAUGGGACCCAGAAAAAUGUUAAAUGCAAUUUAAAACAUGAUUUAGCACAGUGUGCAUAAUUUUUAACUCUAUUUAGUAGAUAAUGAUAAAGACCAAUUCAUAUCAAAUGUACCAUUGUGAGUAAUAGACUUACUGUAACUAUAAAAUCUGAAGCUUUCAUGACAUAAUGGGUAGUGUAAUAGCAGGCAUUGUUCGUUGUUUGCUGUACAGUAGUUUGCCAAUUUCCAUGAUAUACAUUUAAACCAAUCACAGUGUGGUUUUCUGUGUCCUUACAAAUGCAGCUACAUAGUUUUUGCAACUUUGUUGGUUGAUAAAUACAUAACUGCCAGAUGCAGAACAAUCUGUUGUCAAAUCUUAAGUUGAAUAACCAGCCAUCAUUUAGCUAUCUCCUGAGUUGCAUAAGUAACUUCAAAGGUAGGUGUUCCUGUGUUCACGUCUGCAUCACCUGACAUCGAGGAGGGGGAUCUCGUGCUUGCACUCAAAUUGAGUGACAAGUGCAAGGUACUGUGGCACUUUAAUUUUCAUUUAUGGAUGGGGUGCAGAAUUUUGUUUAGGAAGUGCCCUUGUUAAAAUUGUUUAGUAAUAACUCUGUAAUUGAUGAAAACUAAUAAUUAAUAUCAGUCUGUAUGAUUGUAUGACUUACAUGCAUGAGCAUUAUGCAGAGUAUAAAUGUAUGUAUAAAAGCGUGCACACAGUUUGACAUGUCUGUGAAUUUGAACUAGAAGGGAAAAAAAUUGUGCACUAUCUGUGAUGCAGCACCCUAAGUUGUAAGAAGAUUGUUAGUUCCUUUUUGAUGUACAGUUUUGCAUGAGAAAUGUACUUUUGUUUAUUCAUUUGGUUUGAUUUUCUUAAAAAUAUCAUGAAGGUAGUGCUGCACUAUAUAUAUGGCUUUUGUAUGUUAGUAUUUUGCAGAUGAAUUUCUGUAUUAAUCUUCCAUUUUAUAGUUUCAUAAGUAUGAUGCAGCAUGGCUACAUAUAUUUAUUUCGUAUCAGCUCUUUGCAAAAAUAUUCUUGUUAAUUAAGUCACCUGUUCAUAUUGUACCUUUUUUUAGAUUUUUUUCUUCAACCUACAGCGCCAGAAAAAGUCGUCUCAUUGGUUUGCUUCAGUUGAGCUUACCAAUCUUGGUAUUGUAAUGUGUGAUCACAAAUUGAGAUUCUUAUGAAGAAAACAGUAUAAAAGACAUAGUCGCAACAGUGAUAUAUGGAGUGGAUUUUUAAUUGCUAUUGUCAGAGCAAUGUUCAUAUGACUGGUAUGUGAACUGUAUGAAAGGACUGUUGUGUGAGUUUUCUAAUUUUUUAUUGCACUGUUUCAUAAUAUUCAGUGGCGACAGACAUUCAAUAGCUGAUGUAACGUGUUCUCAGUUCUGCAUAUCGUAGUGAAAAAUGAGCAACAUUUUUAUUCUAAAUUGACAUAUUUUUUGUAGGCUGUAAAACUAAUCUAUGGAAACAUACACCAUAAUUUGAUGUACAUAUUUAAUGUGUCAGGAUGGUAUGUAUGUUAUGGAAGCUAUUAAGAAUAUGAACAAGAAGCCGAGGUGCCUUUAUUGUCAGUUCCAUACUGCAGACAGCCUUAUCUUCAUGAAGUAAGAAAUGCUAUGAUUAAUAAAGUGGAAAGUGGAAGCUGU